CUUCGACGCACCUUCAAUGGUGGUACUUCAAUAAGCAUGUCGACAUGUAAAGUACUUCUCCGCCAAUGGCCUCGCUACUUUCCCCGCCAGACACCCUCCGCUUUCCUAUCGCAUCCUAGCCGUUCGGUGCUCCAACAGCGUCAACCGCGUCUUGCGCUUCACCGAACCUAUGCUUCCAUCUCCGCCGCAGAACUCAAAUUCGGUCAACCACUUCACGAGACACAUCCUCAUAUCUUGAACCCAGGUGAAUUGACCCCCGGAAUCACCGCCCUCGAAUAUGCCCAGCGACGCUCGCGACUCGCAAACCAACUACCCAAGCAUGCUGUAGCCGUGCUGGCUGCCUCGGAGGUCACCUAUCGCGCAGCGGGAAUCUUCAAUGAAUACCGUCAAGACUCCAAUUUCUUCUAUCUUACCGGCUUCAACGAACCCAGCGCGCUGGCCAUCGUCGCAAAUGACGGAUCAGGGAAUAAUCAUCUCUUCCAUUUGUACGUGCGCGAGAAGGACGCGAAGGCCGAACUCUGGGAUGGAGCCCGGUCAGGAACCCGCGCUGCCAUUGAUGUCUUCAAUGCGGACGAGUCAGGGGACAUCGAUCGCAUCGGAGAUUUGCUACCCAAGAUUCUGUCGGAUGCUACGGCGAUCUAUACGGAUAUUCCUGCCUUGAACCCCGGGCGGUCGUCCCUUCAUCGCUUCCUCUACGGCCCCACUGCUACCUCCGAGAAGCUGAAGAAACUGGUCGACUACCGCAAGGUCAAGCCGCUGAAGCCGAUACUGAAUGAGAUGAGAGUCUUCAAGAGCGAAGACGAGGUCGUACAGAUGCGCCGAGUGGGACAGGCCUCGGGCAGGGCGUUCACUGAAGCUAUGAGGCAGACAUUCACCAAGGAGAGAGACUUGACCGCAUAUCUCGAGUAUAACUUCAGACGCAAUGGUUGCGAUGGCAGUGCCUUUGUCCCUGUUGUUGCGGGUGGUUCCAAUGCCUUGAGCAUUCACUACACUAGGAAUGACGAUGUGCUUCGGGAUGGAGACAUGGUCCUCGUUGACGGAGGCGGAGAAACGGGCACCUAUGUGUCUGAUAUUACGAGAACUUGGCCUGUAAAUGGCAAAUUCACCGAUCCUCAGAAGGACCUGUACAACGCAGUCCUGAGCGUGCACCGCCACUGUCUCUCCCUCUGCAGGGAAGAUGCAGGGGUGAGCUUGGACCGGUUGCAUACGAUUGCCGAGAACGGUCUGCGGGAACAGUUGAUACAACUCGGAUUUGAUGUCUCUGGAGAUGCCAUGGGAAUCCUCUUCCCUCACCACGUGGGACACUAUGUUGGGCUUGAUGUCCAUGAUUGCUCGGGGUAUUCUCGUGGCUAUACUCUGCGGGCAGGACAGUGUAUCACAGUGGAGCCUGGCCUGUAUGUCCCCGAAAGCGACCGUUGGCCGGAGAAAUUCCGCGGUAUUGGUAUUCGCAUUGAGGAUAGUGUUUGUGUCGGUGACGAGAAUCCUAUCGUCCUGACUACAGAAGCUGUCAAAGAGGUCGAAGACAUUGAAGCCCUUCGGGAUUAGGAUAGAAGGAACAGGAAAAUUGGAUAGAUACCCUUCGAUUUAAUUGUAAACUAGAAACCAGCCCUCCCAUUUUUAGAGGUAAUGACCUCGUUCAGGUGCAGGUAAACAUAGAAACCAAGUUUUGGUGCUAGGAUAGACG